AUGGUAGGGCAUCUUCAAUAAAUGUUGUGGUGGGGGCUUCUGUGGUGGUGGGAGGUUCUGUUGUAAAUUUGCAUAGAUCUAAGGCUUUUUUAAAUGAUGAAGAAGUCUUUGGUUGUCUCACUCAAGAUAACCUUGGAUCAAAGGAGCAAACCAUUACUAUAGUAGGAGAACAAAGCAAUACCAUAGCAACAAGAUCAAGUCAAAUAAUGCAGGAGGCAAGACUUAGUGGUGAUGAGUUCAUAAAUGUUCCUUGGUUAACUGAUAACGAGGAUGAAGAAUGGCAAGAGGCAAGGAAACAAAAUAAGCUACUGAAGUCCCAAUUUGGUGGUAGGUUUGAAUGGGAAGAAGAAACAUCAUUGGUGUUAUUUGAUCCAACACAAGGUGUUGUUAAAGGACAUAGUGAUUCCAUUGAUUCAGAUGACAAUGUUAGCUUUGUCACUAGCAGUGACAAUAGUGAGGUUGAUGAAGCUAGAAGGAGGAGGUCACAACACAAGACCUUUGAUGACACUUUUCUCAUUCCAGAAUUUGAAAUUGAAUUAAGGAGAAAUAUAGAAGACAUUAAUAAGUUGAACCUUGUAGCAAAAGAGUACCUAAUGCAAUAUGAUCCAAAGCAUUGGUGCAAGACAUUCUUUGAUACUCAUAGCAAAUGUGAUGCUAUUGAUAACAAUAUGUGUGAGACUUUCAAUGAAUGUAUUCUUGAUGCAAGGCAAAAGGCUGCUUUGUCCUUGCUAGAGGACUUAAGAUGGAAGUGCUCAAAAAGAAUCAUAGCAAAACAAGCCUUUGUGGACAAAAGUUUUGUUGGAGAAUUUGGUCCAAAAGUUUGGGAGAAGAUUGAGGAGCGUAGGGUUGCAAUGUCUAGGGUAUGGCAACUCAAUGGUAUUCCUUGCAAACAUGCCAUGCUUGCCAUCCAGCAUAGAGAGAAAAACUUUGAAUACUAUGUGCACCCUUGCUACAAAAGACAAGCAUACAUUAACACAUACAAGAAUUGCAUAAUUCCUUUAGAUGGCAUGGAAAGAUGGGAAGAACUAGGCAUGCCUUCACUUGAUCCACCAGUGCAAAGGAAGACAACGGGCAGACUUAAAAAGAAAAGGCAUUUAGAAGAUUGGGAAAUUUCUAAUGGCUUUAACAUUAGUAGAAAGGGUACAAGUCAUGGUCAUCAAGUGCAAGUGCAUGGUAACAAGGGGAAAGCUGUUGAUGGCAACAAGGGGAAAGCUAUCCAAACUCCCAAAAAGCCUGGACAGAAAAGCAAAAGAAUCCUCUCAGUCCCAAGGAAAAAAUCGAGAGUGAUUGCAAAGGCUCCUGUUGAGUCUGCUGUUCAUGCACCUGCUUCAAAUUUGCAUGAGUUGUUCAAUAUUGAAAGUGUCUCAAUCCAAAAGGCAAUAAGGAACUCUCAACCGCAAUCACAAUAUGGAAAUAAGUCCUCCUAUAGGCAGCAACAAGCAUCCAAGCAGAGAGAGGUUGUUACAUAUCAACAAUUAAAGGCAAGACUUAGGGUAAUGGAGCAAGGUAGAUUGGAUGAAAUGGAGUUGGCAGAUUGGGGUGCUUUGAUUCAAGCUAUGGGUUCUAGUGGUGAUGGAAACAAUUGUCCUUGAAGCAUUUUUGGGUGUAUUGUGGUUGUUAGAACUAGUUACAAAAGUAGUAGUCAAGCCAUAUUUUUGGAAUUUUGUGGAACUUAAUCACAGGCAUGCAACAUGUAGUAGGCUAAAAUUUGGCCUUUUUUUUUUUUUUUGGACAAAUUCUGUAUGUAAUGGCAAACUUCAUUCCAAUUUAUGUGUAAGGAAUAUAUCAAUUUAUGAUAUAUGGUUAAGUGUAUGCUCUGUGUAAAUUAUUUUCCAACAAAUGUAGAAAAGCUUUGCCAUUUCAUUUCUAGUUUAUGUUAAGGAUAUAUCAAUUUAUGAUGUAUCAGUUAAUUGUAGAAUCUGUGUACAUUAUUUUCCUGCAAAUGUAGAAAAGCUUUGGCAUUUCACUUCUAGUUUAUGUUUAAGGAAUAUAUCAGUUUAUGAUAU